AGUGCCCACUAGGUGUUUCUCCAGUAGCUAGAAUGGCUACUUUACCAGGAACAGUGCCUCGAAUGAUGCGCCCUGCGCCAGGCCAGAACUACCCCCGCACCGGAUUCCCUUUGGAAGGACAAUAUGCAGGACCUGAAUAUGUUUAUUGUGGAACAGUAUCAACCCCCCUUGGCCAAGGUCGGGUGAACCAGCUCGGUGGAGUGUUCAUCAACGGGAGGCCGCUGCCAAAUCAUAUCCGACACAAGAUAGUAGAGAUGGCACACCACGGCAUCCGACCCUGCGUAAUCUCGCGACAGCUACGAGUUUCCCAUGGUUGCGUCUCCAAAAUCCUCUGUCGGUACCAGGAGACCGGUUCGAUUCGUCCCGGGGCUAUAGGAGGCAGCAAGCCCAGGCAGGUAGCAACUCCGGACGUGGAGAAGCGAAUUGAAGAGUACAAGCGAGAAAACCCCGGGAUGUUCAGUUGGGAGAUCCGGGACAAGCUGCUGAAGGACGGGGUGUGCGACAGAAGCACUGUUCCUUCAGGUGAGGCUUCAUCUGUGAGUUCCAUCAGCCGAGUUCUGAGGGCGCGAUUCGGCAAGAAAGAUGACGACGACGAUAGUGAUAAGAAGGAUGAAGACGGGGAAAAGAAAACAAAGCAUAGCAUCGAUGGCAUUCUCGGCGAUAAAGGUAAUCGUACAGACGAGGGUUCAGACGUGGAGUCGGAGCCGGACCUUCCCUUGAAGAGGAAGCAGCGUCGCAGCCGCACCACCUUCACAGCCGAGCAGCUGGAGGAGCUGGAGAAGGCCUUUGAGAGGACACACUACCCAGACAUCUACACCAGGGAAGAGCUGGCCCAGAGGACCAAGCUCACUGAGGCCCGCGUACAGGUGUGGUUCAGCAACAGAAGGGCCAGAUGGCGCAAGCAGGCAGGAGCCAAUCAGCUGGCUGCCUUCAACCACCUGUUACCUGGAGGCUUCCCGCCCACGGGGAUGCCCAGCCUACCUACCUACCAGCUACCUGAGUCCUCGUACCCCGGCACUACACUGUCACAGGAUGGCAGCAGUACGUUGCAUCGGCCCCAGCCCCUGCCUCCGUCCUCAAUGCACCAGGGAGGACUCUCUGACGGCAGCUCCGCCUACGGCCUCUCGUCCAAUCGCCACAGCUUCUCCAGCUACUCAGACAGCUUCAUGAGCCAAUCAGCGGCCAGCAAUCACAUGAACCCGGUCAGCAACGGCCUCUCCCCACAGGUGAUGAGCAUCCUGAGUAACCCCAACGCGGUGCCCUCCCAGUCCCAGCAUGACUUCUCCAUCUCCCCCCUCCAUGGCAGCCUGGAGUCCUCCAACCCCAUCUCAGCCAGCUGUAGCCAGCGCUCUGACUCCAUCAAGGGAGUGGACAGCCUGGCUUCCUCCCAGUCCUACUGCCCCCCCACCUACAGCGCCACCAGCUACAGUGUGGACCCCGUCACCGCUGGAUACCAGUACAGCCAGUAUGGACAGACUGCAGUUGACUACUUGGCUAAGAACGUGAGUCUGUCCACCCAGAGGAGGAUGAAGCUGGGAGACCACUCUGCUGUCCUGGGACUGCUGCAGGUGGAGACAGGACAGGCCUACUGA